AUGAUUGGGGGCCUGUUCGUGUACAACCACAAGGGCGAAGUCCUGAUCUCACGGGUGUACCGUGAUGAUAUUGGGCGGAAUGCCGUGGACGCGUUCAGAGUGAACGUGAUCCAUGCGAGGCAGCAAGUGCGCUCGCCCGUGACUAACAUCGCUAGGACUUCCUUCUUUCAUAUUAAGAGAGCCAAUAUCUGGCUGGCAGCUGUGACCAAGCAGAAUGUGAAUGCUGCUAUGGUGUUUGAAUUCCUUCUGAAGAUCAUAGAUGUGAUGCAAUCAUACUUCGGCAAGAUCUCCGAGGAGAACAUCAAGAACAACUUCGUGCUUAUCUAUGAGUUGUUGGACGAAAUCUUGGACUUUGGUUACCCUCAGAACUCAGACACAGGAGUCCUGAAGACAUUCAUUACCCAGCAGGGUAUCAAAUCUGCAUCCAAAGAAGAACAGGCUCAAAUCACUUCACAGGUGACUGGCCAAAUUGGAUGGCGUCGCGAGGGCAUCAAAUACAGACGCAACGAGCUGUUCCUGGAUGUGCUGGAGUAUGUCAACCUCCUCAUGUCUCCUCAAGGUCAAGUACUGUCAGCUCAUGUAGCUGGCAAGGUGGUAAUGAAGUCUUACCUCUCCGGCAUGCCAGAGUGCAAGUUUGGUAUUAAUGACAAGAUCGUCAUGGAAGCCAAGGGCAAAGGCAAUGGUGGCAUCUCCGGCAACACAGACAGUGACCCAGCUCGCUCCGGGAAGCCAGUGGUCGUGAUCGACGACUGCCAGUUCCACCAGUGUGUGAAGCUCAGCAAGUUUGAGACGGAACAUUCCAUCUCUUUCAUACCUCCUGAUGGCGAGUUUGAGCUUAUGAGAUACCGCACAACCAAGGACAUAUCCCUGCCGUUCCGGGUGAUUCCAUUGGUCCGUGAAGUGGGACGCACUAAGAUGGAAGUAAAAGUGGUGCUGAAGAGCAACUUCAAGCCGUCAUUGCUUGGCCAGAAGAUUGAGGUCAAGAUUCCAACUCCGCUGAACACUAGCGGCGUCCAGCUCAUCUGUUUGAAGGGGAAAGCCAAGUAUAAGGCUUCGGAAAAUGCUAUUGUUUGGAAGAUAAAGCGCAUGGCUGGUAUGAAGGAGACGCAGCUGUCUGCUGAGAUUGAGCUACUUGAAACGGACACUAAGAAGAAAUGGACCAGACCACCCAUCUCUAUGGGAUUCGAGGUGCCAUUCGCACCUUCUGGAUUCAAGGUCCGUUACCUGAAAGUGUUCGAGCCCAAGCUGAACUACUCCGACCACGAUGUGAUUAAAUGGGUGCGCUACAUCGGACGCUCAGGACUCUACGAGACAAGAUGCUAA